AAGCCUCAGGCACCAACGUUGGCGGCUUGCACUCUCAAAACGGAACUAAGCUCAAUCAGGAAAUCGUGCUGGCCGGCGAACAAUUGCAAUUGAUCAGAACGAUUUGACGGAACCAUUGUCCAUCGACGGACAUCGACAUCGCUCGCCAGCAUGGAGCCCUGCCUUCUUCGCGCAGGCCACAGUCGCCUGUCCCUGGCCUGUCUACGAUCAUCCGGCAGCUCGGCAGCCGCUCCUCUCAGUCGCCAGCAGAAUCCGCAGCAAUGUCGACGCCUGGUUACCAUCACCAGGUCAAAAGAGCCUGACUUCCGAGCAGCCGCUCCCAUUUCAUUCACAGAUCGUCCAAAUCGCAGACCGAGUGGCGGAAGAGGCAGGUCGAGCUCACGAACCGACGAUGCUACCAAUUCCUUGAUGAAGGAAAUCCGCGUGGUGCCCGCGUCUCCCUCAUACUUCACGGGCACGCCGCGCUACACGGACGAUGUUCUUUCUUUGGCAGUACUCCUCCGCAGAUAUCAGUUGUUACCGCGAGUUCCAAUGGCAGAGGCAACUAGAGUGGCAUGGAAGAAGCUCUCGGAAUAUCGAAUUGAGCUCGCUGAGCCUGUGCGCGUCAAGGGCUAUGGCAUUCUGCUGUCCCUGUUGAAGAGGAUGAACUGCAUACACCCAUCGGUCAUGCCUGAAGAAGUCGUCACUGCGCUCAACAAAUACAAGCGGCAGGUACAGCCGCAUGACAACCCGGCCAAGCCAAUCCCAAUCGACUCGUGGGGACGCGCAAAGGGCAUUGGUCGGAGAAAGUCAAGUUCUGCGAUGGUUUACCUCGUGGAGGGCCAAGGAGAGUGUUUUGUCAACGGACGGACAAUCGCAGAUUAUUUCAGCCGGAUACACGAUCGCGAGUCAGCCGUUUGGGCUUUGAAGGCGACUUCCAGGCUGGACAAAUACAACGUGUGGGCCAAGGUUGAGGGAGGCGGUACCACCGGCCAAGCAGAGGCAAUUACCCUCGGGCUUGCGAAGGCGCUAUUGGCCCACGAGCCUGCUUUGAAACCCGCGUUACGAAAAGCUGGUGUCGUCUCCCGUGAUCCUAGGAGAGUGGAGAGAAAGAAGCCCGGAAAGCUCAAGGCGAGGAAGAUGCCUGCUUGGGUCAAGCGUUAGCGAUGCUUCUUAUUGCCUGUGUCUGCUUCGUUGUAUAACCAUCAUGUAUAUUUCGGAUCGUGCAAUAACACCACAUUUUCAACCUCUAUUUUGCCC